CUAAAGUGUGAUUGGUAAUAAAGUGUACAACUAAAACAAAAAUUAAUUGUCAAUUACAAAUUAACAACUUUUAACUCGUUUCUCUACAUGUUGCCUCUGUUUUUUUAAAAUAUGACAAAAUUAUUUACAAAUUGGUUUAAACAACACAAAUAUUAUUUAUUAGUGAAUUAUGCUAAAGAAUAUCAUCAAUUCAAUCAUAAACUUUUAUUUCCAUUACUUAUAACAAUUACUUUAAUUACAUGGAAAAUUUUUAAUUUAAUUUAUGGUAAAUACGAUUAUGCAACAGAUUUAUUUUAUAAAACUAAUUCAUUGGAGAACAAAAUUCACAUUGUCAUUUUAUUCGACGGUGAUCAUGGUCUACAAUACUUGAACAGUUUAAUGAAAUCGAUUUUUUAUCAUCAAAAUGGAAGAUUUCGUUGUGAUUUGAAAAAUUGUUGUGUGUCAAAUUUUUGUGAUCGAUUUAAUGAGAAUUUUCAGCACAAUAUCACGAAUCUGCUGAGUCCAUCAUAUACAACUGUAUUUCAUUUUUUAAUUACUACUAUGUCAUCGAAUAGUGCUUUAAUAGAUUUAAUGAAUUCGUGGAAAGUACAUAAUAUGGAGUAUUAUUUCUAUAGUUGCAAAGAUCAUUUGGAAAAUCUUCAAUGGAUUAAAUCUACACAUUAUUCUGGUUGUAAACCAUUUUUAAAAUUAAUGCUUACUGAAAUUCUUCCAACACAUAUCAGUAAAGUUAUUAUACUAGACAUUGACAUGCUCCUUAAUACAGACAUCAUUGAAUUAUGGAAUCACUUUGAAAAUUUCAACGAUACUCAGAGUAUAGGUAUUGGAUUAGAACAAAAUGUUUAUUUUCAAACUGUUAUGCAAACGUUAGAAAGUAAUUGGGAAGGUUAUGGAUAUAAUAAUGGUGUAAUGUUAUUUGAUCUGUCCAAACUAAGACAGACUUCAUGGAAUAAAAUAUGGAUAUCUUUAACAAGGGAUGCAUUGGAUAAACAAGGUACUUUAAUCACAGGAGAGCAGGAUAUUUUAAAUUUAGUGUUAUUUAAUUACAAAUAUAUUUUGUAUGAGAUACCAUGUGAAUGGAAUAUUCAAUUAAGUGAAGGAAGUGAUCACAACCGAUGUCCUGUGAGUUGGUUAACUUAUUCAGAAUUGAAAAAACGUAAUUUUUCAACAUUGUUCAAACAACCGAAACUGAUUCAUAUCAAUCAUAGUAGAAAACCAAAUGAUGUAAUCUGGGAAAACGUAUCAAGUGAACACAUUGAUCAGUCGGAUACGAUUCUUGAACAAUUAGAUUUGUAUACCAAAUUCAUAUCAGUGUAUCGUCAAUAUACAAGUUUACAUGAAUCAUGUUUUAAUUAAAUCUAAUCGGAACAAAGUGAUAUCGUUUUUGUGAAAUGUUUUUCUCGCCUUCUAUAUUGUGCAUUUUUCACCUAAUAUAAGUAAAAUAGACAAUUUUUGUCAAUUCCAAAUAUAAAAAUCAAAUCGAUUAACGCUUAUAAUUUAUUUCUUUCGGUUUUUUGAACUUACACUUCAAAAUAAAUUUGAUUUAUAAGAAUACACG